GUGGUAACCAUUAAUUCAAUUCGAGUCGAAUUAUUCGACGUGUCAACUGUCCAAAAUGCCUUUUACUGCUGGAGAGGGCCAACUGUUCCAGCAGAAUGACGAGCAAUUCGACUUCAAUAUAGAGUUUGAGCAGGUGUUUUUAUCUAUUAUACCCUCUGCUCUGUUUAUAAUAGCGUCGUUAUGGAUGUCGGUCACCCAGGCACGGAAACCUGCUGUGGUUAAUGCGCCAAUUUUCCGGUUCAUCAAAGUGGGCGCUAUCGCAAUCUAUACCAUACUUCAACUCACGCUACUCGUUCUGGCUGCAACUGGACACUUCCACGCAACACGCAUAUUCAUAGCUGCAUCGGUCUUAAAGUUAUUUUCAGGCGUCUUCAUGAUACCUCUUAGUAUCGUUGAACACAGCAGAUCUGCGAGGCCUUCUAUACUACUGACCGGCUACUUAUUCCUAUCUCUUCUGCUCGAUGUGACCCAGGCAAGAACGCUUUAUCUCUCAUCAGCUAUUUCAGCUGAGCGCAUCUAUAGCAAUCUCUUUACUGCCGCUACAGCUCUGAAAGCUGUAGUGCUUGUGUUGGAGUCACAGCAAAAGUCUAAAUGGAUAAGCUGGAAUGAGAAGGAGCAUAGCCCAGAGGAAACAAGCGGCAUUUUCUCUCUUGGCGUCUUCUUCUGGAUGAACAGGUUAUUUUUGGCUGGAUACAAGAAAGUUCUGUUUAUCGACGAUCUUUACUCCCUUGACAGCUCCUUGGACCCCAAAACGCUCCGCGAAAAGUUCUAUCAGAAUUUAAACUAUUCUAGAAUGAAAGGUGACAAAUUUGGUCUUACAAAAGUUCUCAUACGCACACUUAAAGGACCUCUGCUCCUUCCUAUAAUUCCACGUUUGGGAUUACUUGGAUUUACUUUCGCUCAACCUUUUUUUAUUGAAAGGCUGUUAGAUUAUCUUGCUGAGGAUGAACUUGAUCCAAACAUUGGAUACGGUUUCAUCGGUGCCAGUUUAUUCAUUUACGCAGGAAUUGCCCUCUGCUGGGCCUUCCACCGGUAUUACCAUCAUCGAAUGCGAACUAUGUUGAGGUCGAUACUGGUCACCGAGACCUUUAUCACAGCUACAAAGGCUCGUAUCGGGACGGGCGAUGACACUGCUGCGCUGACUCUAAUGAGCACAGACAUUGAGCGAAUUAGGAUGGGCUUUAGGCAGCUGCAUGAUAUAUGGGCAAGCGUGAUCCAAGUCGCACUGUCUGCAUGGAUGUUAAAUAGUCAACUUGGAGCAGUCUUUGUCGCACCCAUUGGAGUAGUUGUUCUUUGCUUCAUCGGCCUGGUGAUCCUUAUGAACUUCAUCGGGAACGCACAGAGAGAUUGGAUGGCAUUGGUCCAGAAACGAGUUGGCCUGACAGCCACAGUCAUCGCUAGUAUGAAGAAUCUGAAGAUAUCCGGUAUCUCUUCUUCUGUUAGCAAUUUUGUACAGAAUCUCCGCGUUGAGGAACUAGUCGCUGGAGUUCGGUUCCGCAAAAUAUUCAUUGGAGCGGCUCUCCUAGGAUUUAUUCCGCUGCUGAUCAGCCCAGCCCUUACCUUCGCAUUCACUCAAAAUCAACUAAAUGCCUCAAGGGUAUUUACGAGUCUCUCGUUUCUUACGCUUCUGACGUUGCCGCUAUCUCAAGUAUUCCAAUCAAUCCCCGAGGUCAUCUCAGCACUAGCCUGCAUAGGUCGAAUUCAGGCGUUCUUGGAGUGCGAGACUCGUGAGGAUUUCCGCCAAGUCUUUACUGAUAUUAGGCGGAGUUCGGAGAAAGCUCCAAUAGACAAUGUACCUUCGUCUGAUUUGGAAGUGGUCAUCCAAAAUGGAAAUUUUGGUUGGGAGGCAGAUAAGUUUGUCUUGCGAGACGUUAACAUUCAGAUACCCAAGUCUUCACUUACUCUUGUGGUCGGACCUGUUGGCUCUGGAAAAUCUACGCUCUGCAAGGCACUACUUGGAGAGAUUCCUUUCCACGAAGGUCAUCUGAUUUUGAAUACAAGGGUUCCGCACGUUGGAUUUUGCGACCAAACUGCAUUCCUUUCGAACGGGUCAGUUAAAGAUAAUAUCGUGGGGUUUUCUCCAGUCAAUAACGAGAGAUAUGCCGAAGUCAUUGAUGCUACAGCUCUGGCCUUCGAUUUUGCCACUCUUCCACAAGGGGACCAAACAAAUGUUGGUUCGGAUGGCAUCUCUCUAUCCGGAGGCCAGAAACAACGCGUUUCUCUUGCACGAGCCCUAUAUUUGCAAACUAAUUUGCUUAUUCUUGACGACGUCUUCAGCGGUUUAGAUGCGGAUACAGAGGAGCAGGUCUUCCGAAAGGUUUUUGGGGUAGAUGGACUACUCAAACGGCGACGCUCUACGGUUUUGCUAUGUACUCAUAGCAUUCGACAUUUGCCCUCUGCAGACUAUGUUAUAGCGCUUGGAGACGGCACCAUUAGCGAACAAGGAACCUUUAAGGAACUAAUGGCUAAUCAGGGUUAUCUCCAACGUCUGGGUUUAAAGAAUUCGUUUGACGACGAUACCUCUUCGGAAAUAUCAACCUCGAAGCAAAGCGUGCAGGAAUUGAAGCCGCAAGUAAACCAAGGGAAGACGGCCAAGGUAACUAUCGCGCCCGAGAUAGAUGCAUCGCGGCAAGUUGGGGACGGCACAGUAUACAAGCAUUACAUGAAGAGCAUGGGAUGGUUCCUGGCAACAUGCGCUUUAUUCUUUGCUUCACUCUGGGGCUUCUUCUUAAACUUCUCUACAAUCUGGCUCACAUACUGGGUCGAUGAUAUCAACGCAGAACAUCCAGUGCACUCUUAUGCCUACUGGGCUGGAUUAUAUGCUUUGCUUCAGGCUUGCGCCUUGAUAUCGCUCUUUCUCCUUGGUGCCUCGAUCUGGAUCGUCUCAAUCAAAAAGGCUGGUGCCAAUUUGCAUCAGGAUAUCUUGCGAACGCUGUUUCGAGCACCACUACGCUUCUUCACUGAUACUGACACUGGCGUUAUUACGAACUUGUUCUCGCAAGAUUUGAACCUCAUAGACACAGAACUUCCAGAUGCAGUGGUUAGCACUCUGUUUUCAAUCACCCAAGUUGUAGGGCAAAUGGCUGUUAUGCUUACUUCGUCUCGCUACCUGGCCAUCAGCUUCCCAUUCCUCAUCGCUCUGCUAUACAUGGUGCAGAGAUUUUACCUCCGCACUUCACGGCAACUACGGCUGCUUGACCUAGAAGCUAAGAGCCCCCUGUAUACACAUUUCCUUGACACCGUCAGAGGUAUCACAACUCUGCGGGCAUUCGGCUUUAUUCCUGACGAUAUCCACAAGAACGCUCGUCUACUCACUUCCAGUCAAAGACCCUCGUAUCUACUUCUCAUGAUUCAAGAAUGGCUAAAUCUCGUUCUCAAUGUGGUAGUCAUGUUGCUAGCAGUAGCCAUGACAACUCUUGCCGUUCGCCUUCACUCUAAUUCUGCUUUUGCGGGUGCUGCUCUAUACAGUCUUCUCAGCUUUGGAGAAAAUCUUGCCGGUAUUGUCCUUUUCUGGACCAAUCUUGAAACCUCUCUCGGAGCGAUUGCUAGACUCAAGACCUUCAACGAGACUGUGAAGCCGGAAGACAGAGAGGAGGAGACCACUAUUCCACCUGAACAGUGGCCUCAGCGUGGCGUGGUGGAGUUAAAGGGUGUAUCCGCCAAUUAUGCCGUUGAAGAUCGAGAUAGUGCCGUAACCAAUCUCGCCCUCCGUAACAUUCAUCUGAUGGUUGAUUCGGGAGAGAAGGUUGCCAUCUGCGGUCGUACCGGUAGCGGCAAAUCCAGUCUAAUCGCCCUGCUUCUCAAGAUUCUCGAUCCUAUCUCAGCAACGGCGGAGAACAUCUGGAUUGAUGAUCUGCCGCUCCACCGUUUAGACCGGUCUGUGCUACGCCAGCGCAUUAUCGCAGUGCCCCAAGAAGCAGUUUUUCUACCCGACGGAUCUACUUUCCAGGCCAACCUCGAUGUAUCCGAGGAAGCAACACGCGAAGAAUGCGAGGCUGUGCUUGCCGCUGUCGGCUUAUGGAAAUUUAUUCAGGAGCGUGGCGGCCUUGACGCGGGGAUGAGCGCAUCAACUUUCAGUGCUGGACAGCGGCAGCUCAUGUCGCUUGGGCGUGCGCUGCUCAAACGCUCCAUUCGAAAACAAAAAUCCGGGACCAAUACAAAACAUGGCGGUAUACUGUUGCUGGAUGAAGUGAGCUCUAGCGUAGAUAAAGAGACAGAACGCGUCAUGCAGGAGAUUAUCAGGACUGAGUUCAAAGAUUAUACAGUUAUUGCGGUAAGUCACCGACUGGACAUGAUUAUGGACUUUGACAGGGUGGUGGUCAUGGAUACAGGAGAGAUUGUUGAGGUGGGAAAUCCGGUGGUGUUGUCGCGAGAGGCGGAGAGUAAAUUUGGGGAUUUAGUGAGAGUGGGGAAUAAAUAGGAUAGUGCCGAGUAAUGGGCGUAGAUGGUGUAUUCGCCCCCCGAGAGUUUAGUCUUGUCAUACCUCACAUAAUUGGCGGUUUCUCAACACGCAUAUGCUUUUCAAUAAUACCGUUG